ACUACUUUUUGGCUUUUAAAUGAUCAGGGAAAUUAAUAUAUAAUUAAUGUUUUUGCGUUUUUUUAAAAGAAGUUUAAAUUACAAACCAAAAUUGUUAUUAGAAAAAACAGAUUUAAUUGGAAAUAUACAGAAAAGAAAGAAUAAAUGGAAUCUUCCAUCACCUCUAAAUCAUGAGGAAAUAAAAAAGAAAUAUUUGAAAAAUAAUACUUUAUCAAAAACAUCUUAUCAAAAUAUACAAAGUUUAAAAAAUGAUACAAGGAGAGAAAAUAAACUUCCACAGUGGAAAAAACAAAAAAUAGCACUUAAGGAAAAGUUUCCUGAAGGAUGGAAUCCUUUAAAGAAACUUGAUCCGGAUACACUUAAUCAGAUCAGAACACUUCGUCAACAAAAUCCAAAAUAUACAGUUCCUGUACUUUCAGAGAUGUAUAAAGUUUCUCCGGAAGCAAUUCGACGAAUUUUAAAAAGUAAAUGGCAACCUUCAUCUGAAGAAUACGCAGAUAGACUUGCACGCUGGAAAAAGAGGAAAAUUCGUUUAAAAGAGAUAUGGGCUUCUAAAAGAUCUAAAAAGAAUGAAUCAUAAUUAAAAUAAAAGAAAAUGUUUUAUUAGUAUUCGAAACAUUUUCUAU